AGGUGGGUCGUUUGAUCGUAGCCAAAGGCGGAGACAUCCGCACACUGCUGACUCUGGCUGGAGUGGGUGAUUUAGUGCUGACGUGUAAUAGUGCCAUGUCGCGCAACUUCACUGUGGGCGCUCGCAUGGCCAAAGGUGAAACUCUGGAGGAAGUCAAAGCGUCGACCAAUUCCAUUGCUGAGGGCGUAUUCACGGCCUGGUCCAUACAUCAGAUGAGCGUGAAACUGGGCUUAGAUAUGCCGAUAUGCAGCGCCGUCUAUUCUGUGCUGUAUGAGAAUGUACCGUUCCUGACUGUGCUCAAAGCAUUGCAGAAACGCCCUCUGCGCGGCGAGAGAGACGAAGAAGAAGAAGAGUAGGAACAUCCAAGUAUAAGUAAACAUGGGGCACGGACGGUUGAAUAAAAGUAUACAUGGUGUACAGUAUACAUGGUGAACAGUGCACAUGGUGUACAGAGGGUUGGAUAACAAAGCACAUGCACAUGUGAUGCGUGCACAGACGGUUAUAUGACGGACCACAUGUGAUGAGGUUUUGUGUCGUCGACAUGGUUGUUGAUGAAACAUGCUGUAGUCGUGAUAGUUUUAGGAUAUAUUAAAUGGUUCUGUUGAACCUUAUUCACAAUAUACACAUACAGAUGCACAUUGAUUGGACGUACAUAUGUUAUUGGGGAAGCACAUACCUGGAAUACCCCGAGGUCGAGAAAUAGUGGCUGCUGCUGCUGGGGUGGGCGCAUACAUGCAAUAUCCAAAUAAAUAAUAAAGCAACUUUAUUGUUGGACAAUCAUAAAC